AUGAACGGGGAAGGUUUUCUUACUCCGUAUAGAGGUCAAAGGUAUCACCUUAGUAAAUGGAGGAAUGACUUACAACCAGCUACACCUAAAGAGUUUUUCAAUAUGAAACAUUCAUCAUCUAGAAAUGUAAUAGAAAGAUACUUUGGACUUUUGAAGGGACAUUUGGCUAUAUUGAGAGAGAAGUCAUUCUACCCUCUGAAAACUCAAAUAAGAAUUAUAACAGCUUGUUGUCUUCUACAUAAUCAUAUUCGAAUUGAAAUGACACGAGAUCCAUUAGAAAGGGCUUUAGGAGAUGUUGAGUCAUCUAACGAGUUCAUGUCUGGGGAAAUGAUAACUGUCGUGGAACCAAGUAAUGCAUGGAGUCAAUGGAGAGAUAAUUUAGCAUUGGAAAACUUUAAUAGAUAG